AUGAAGAGCAUGAAUGUAAUCACCUGUUCAAUUCUGGCCACUUUCCACCUUGCGGGAGCUGUCUCGGCCACGACGGCGAUGGAAGUGUCCGUGGUUUAUGACCAAAGGUACGACGUGGAGAGCACCUCUCUCAAUACCGUUAGCUGUUCAGAUGGAGAAUAUGGUCUUGAGAGCAAGUACCAUACAUUCGGUGGCUUGCCUAAUUUCCCCCUUAUCGGUGGCUCGCCGACCAUUAGUGGACGUCCGGACCAGGGAAGUAGCAAUUGUGGUAAAUGCUACCAACUGCACUACCAAGCCGGCAGCGUUGACAAGACCAUCAAUGUCCUUGCGAUUGACGCUGCUUCCAGCGGGUUCAAUAUCGGGCUUGAUGCGUUCAACCAAUUGACUGACAACCAAGGCGUUGACCUUGGUCGUGUGACGGCCUCCUAUACUCUGGCCCAGGACAGCGACUGUGGAAUCGGGACUCAGGAUGAAUAG